AUGGCCGCCGCCAUCCCGCACCCAGAACUACCCACUCCGGCACACCUCGAUCGCGACUCUGCGCUCGGGCGCAAGUUCGGGAAAGAGGUGACGAAUUAUUUUGGAGGGUCGCCGAUCAACCGCGUCUCGUUCCUCCGCGAAGACUACCCCUUCCUCGCCGGCGCGUUUGCGCACCCGUCGGCGCGCUUCCUCGUCUUCAAGACCCUCUCCCCGCUGGUCAAGUCCCCUACCGAGAUCCACUUUGCGACCUACGACGAGAUCAAGACCAUCCUGCCCGAGAACCCGUUCGCGCGGCCCGAAAAGGACAUCAUCGCCGACUUCGACUCGAGCAUAGAUAUCCCCCAGGUGGUCUUUCUGGGCCUGGAUGAGAAGGUCACCGACGGCUACUCGUACAAGAAUUUCACGGGUGCGCCGCACUGGGCCGUGGACAUCACGCCCAAGAAGACAUAUGAGAAGGAGGCCAACGAGUUGAUUGAGUCGUUUGUGGCAAAUGGGCUCAAGUUUAGUGAGGGGAUGCGGGCCAUGAGUUUCCCGGCCGACAUUGCUGCCCAGUACGCUCAGGGCCGCCACUAUCUCGACUGGAACUACCGCAACACCUUCUGCGGCACGUGUGGUCAUAGAACCCUCUCCACGCACGCCGGUGCCAAACGAGUCUGUCCCCCCACCGAUAAAGCCGAAACCCCCCAGGAGCGCGAACCUUGCACCACCCGGACCACGCUCUCGAACCUGACGUUCCCCCGCACCGAUCCCACCGUCAUCGUCGCCGUCCUCAGCCACGACAGCAAACGCCUCCUCCUGGGCCGACAAAAGCGCUGGCCACCCCACUGGUUUUCCACACUCGCGGGCUUCAUUGAGCCAGCCGAGAGUGUCGAGGACGCCGUCCGUCGCGAAGUCUGGGAGGAGUCCGGAGUCGUGCUGUCGCGCGUCCUCGUGCAUUCCACCCAGCCCUGGCCGUACCCGGCGAAUUUGAUGAUUGGUGCUAUUGCGCAGGCGGCGUCGCCGGAGGACGAGGCGAUUCGCUUGGAGUACGAUCCCGAAUUGGAAAUGGCGAAAUGGUUCACAUUGGAGGAGGUUCAAGAGGCUCUCCAGAACGGGACAAGCGGGCUCGGCGAUCCGCCCCCAGAGGGGUACAAGGAGGGUGGGUUGAGAUUACCGCCUCCAACGGCAAUUGCGAACCAGUUGAUCUCGGCGGUAGUGAAAGGUGGGUUUUUGGAGGGUGUCACGCCGAUCACGAAGCUGUAG